CAACGCAUCGUGAAGGGAAGAGAAGUUGAUUGGGACCCACAGCAGCACAGCUGACGUCACUACUGUUACGGGUCAGCAUCCUUGCAUCCUCUACUUACGGACAGGACACAUGGGAGCGACUUACUUGUUCGACGUAAUGUCUCACUAAUAACGGAAACCAAGCCCUCCUCGCCAGAUUUCCCAUAGGAACAGGACAGAUUUUUGAGACGAGACUGAUAGUAUUGAGAGGAGGAGCUAAAGAAUAGUGAAGUCUGAGAGAGAUGUGGAGGCGCGUGGCUUCGCUUUCUUCCUUGAUCUCAUCUUCGAAUUCGUCCUUUCAUGGCCAGGCCGCAUGCAGGUUGACCAUAUGGGAAUCAUUAACGACAGGGAUCGCCCAACAGGCAAAAGGUGUAUCCAAAGAGAAAACUCCAUUCAUAACAUUUGUCCUAGGUGGUCCUGGUAGUGGGAAAGGUACGCAAUGUAUAAAGAUUGUGGAGACCUUUGGGUUCACACAUUUGAGUGCAGGAGAUUUGUUAAGGCAGGAAAUAGCUUCUAACAGUGCGGAUGGUGCCAUGAUUCUUAACACGAUUAAAGAAGGAAGAAUUGUCCCUUCGGAAGUGACAGUCAAACUGAUACAGAAGGAGAUGGAAUCAAAUGACAAUCACAAGUUUCUCAUUGAUGGUUUCCCACGAAGUGAGGAGAACCGAAUAGCAUUUGAACGAAUUAUUGGAGCAGAGCCCAAUAUUGUACUUUUCUUUGAUUGUCCAGAAGAAGAGAUGGUGAAACGGGUGCUGAAUCGUAAUCAGGGCCGAGUUGAUGACAACAUAGAUACAGUUAGAAAACGCCUUAAAGUUUUUGAGGCAUUAAAUCUUCCAGUCAUUAACUACUACUCUCAGAGAGGAAAACUUUAUACGAUAAAUGCUGUAGGAACAGUGGAUGAAAUUUUUGAACAAGUCCUCCCAGUGUUUACUGCCUCUGAGGAUCAGGAAGUCUCAGCAAAAGAAUUGAGGAAAUCUAGUUGGGGGAAAGCUAAUCGGAGUUGAGAUUAGUUCUUCAUUUUCCUAAUCCUGUUUACUGCCUUUUGGACUCGAUGCUGCAUGUACAUAGGUCACCUCACCUGCGGGAAAAUUGUGCAAUGUUGUAGCUCAACUGUCUAUUUACAAUGCGAGGAGAAUAAUUUGAUUAAAUUUGGCACCAUUAUAUGUAGAACAGUAAGGAAGACAGAUGCUUUUUAUUUUCCAAUUGCCUGCUAGGGAAAAGGAAAUACUCUGAUAGUUAUGAGAACUUUAUUUCGAAUAAGGACUGUGCUAUCGGAAAGCUCCUAAUCCCGUUAAUACAGUUUAUUUCUUAAAGCUUUUAUUCAUUCUGAAAUCAA